AGGAAAAUUGUUGGUUUUUCGCUUCCGUCAUUCAGGAAAUGUUGCUGCGGAGGUUCGGGGCAAAACCGCAUCACAGUUCUGACAUAUUCGCACAUUGCCAAAGACAUUAAUGCCAAUCCAGAGACAAUCAUAAAAUUCGCUGAUUUAAUGGCAGAUUCAAGGCUAAGGAAGGCUGUGAAGUCUGUCCUCGAUACUGUAAAACAGCAUCAUUCCGCUUAUCACAGUUCCCCACCCAAAAUCUCCACAUCCACUCAAGCUCUCCUUGCCGCAUUACAGCGGACAUUACACAAAUACCUACAUGGACUCUAUGGAACCCAAGGUGCACGGAUCUUCCCAAACGAUUUCACCGAUAAAUUAGUUCAGAUCCUCCCAUCAUGGGAACAACUUCAAGAUAAUCUCGCCAUUCCAAUAUCGAGUAUCAUACACCUCUUGGAAUCAUCUGUAUGUGGAUCACGCUGGAGUCGUGGACUGUCUAAUCCAUCCACUAGCUGCAGGAAGCUCUUCCGCUGCAUCGUCGUUCCGCAGUUACCUAUCAUUCGCUCAAAAGUGACCUGGAUCCAUUUUUCGGGCUCUCUCCAGGGAAAGACACGGUGCUUCUCACAUUGGAGCUGCUUGGGCGAUGUGCAGUGCUGGAUCAGUUGCCAACGCUAUGGCGUUUCCAACUAGAUGCAGAAAUUCCUGAUCUCCGACCUGAGUUUGAGAGGCUGAUGAUGACACAGCUGAAGUUUGUGUGUCGUCAUUGGGUCACUCUCCUUUGUAAAUCGGAUGAGUCCCAUGAUGGCAAAACAAUGGAGGCCCUUUUCAACACUGUCCCAGCGCUUCACUGGAUUGCGGCAAUGGGAA